AUGCCGGAGGGACGGCCUCAAAACAACGCGAUUCCACCGGUUGGCCGUCAGCCGGCAAGAAGUAUGCACAUCUCCAGAUUAUCCUAAAUCAGGCUCUCCGCAUUUCAGCCGUUCGUCGUCGCCGUCCGACCAAUCUGCCUCCAGAUGAGGCGCCCCGGAAUGAAGUCAGGAUCCUUCGUCCGUCGGAGGUUCCGAGAAGGGAACCACUUCCGGAAUAUUCGGAGCCGCGGGGAAGAAGAAUGUACGAUAAAAUGAAGAGAACGAAAUAAAAUGGACGGUCCAUUUCAGAGUUCCGAACGAUGUUUCCCUGGAGGAGCUCGGCCGAAUGGAGCCGGAAGCGAUGCGGACUGUCAUCCUGCCGUCGUUCAAAUUAUCCGCUGCGCAACUGACGGAAGCGGCCGCCAAAUCCACGGGCGUCUUUUCGAUUCGCAGUGCGAACUUUGAGGAUCCGGCGGACGCGGCGGAGAGGGCGAAAGCGAACGAGAAGUUGAAACGGGAGAUGGUGUGGAGCCAGUUUGUGAAAAGAAAUGAGAAAUUUAUCGGAAAGAGAGUUCACAAAUGCACUUUAUAUCCACGGGUAAAAAGGGACGGAGAAUCUGUUCGGAAGUGUGGAUUUUCAGAAAGAAGCGAUGAAACCUUUGCCGAAACGGCUGAAUCCGGACGAUCCGAUCCCCGAAAGCGUGACUUGGGACGUUGUUAUGGAGGCUCCUGACGACUCGAUCUAUCAGGGAGGCCUCUUCUUCAUUGAGCUCACUUUCGACACAGCCAAGGUGAAUGACGUGCCGAAGGUGAAGUUCCACACAAUGAUGUUCCAUCCUAGUCUUGGAAAGAACGGAGACGUGAGUGGAGAGGGAAGGCUUCAGCUCCAAUUUUCCCAAUUUCAGUUCGACAUGCGCGGACUCGUCGGGGAAUGGGAUGCGUCGCAGGACAUCGUAAUGAUCUACAGCUAUCUGAGGAGUCAGAUGCGGAACAUACGCAGUACCAUACGUAAGUUAACCGGAGGGAGUAUGCUUCUAAAUUGUUGACGUCUUCAGAAAACAUGACAAUGGCAGAAAUCGAAGAUACGGCUCAACCGAACAUAUCAAGAUUGGCCUAUGAAAACUGGGAAAUGUUCAAGAGACACGCGAAUACAUUCGUGAAGAAGAUGGCUUCCGGAGGCAUCUACUACGAUUUCACCGCCUUCGGCAACAUGAGCGGACUGUACACACCGAAGUACGGAUGGGCUCGGCCGAGGUCGCCGGUGAUUGAUAUCGUCGGAUAA